AUAACGACUGUACGGAUAUUUGCAAGCCAGCUCUUCUUACACAUUCUCUCUAAUAGAACUCAAUUUGACGUUUCUAUGGUCAAGGCUCGAAGUGUCGCUUUCUUCGAUUGUCAUCGAUGAAGAUCAAUUCAUGCAUGUCCCUUAUGGUCCCCCUUUAGAUUUCCCAUCUGGGGUUCAUUUUUUUCUUCUAAGUUCAUAUUCUCUUAGCUCAUAAUCCAAAAGGAACCACCUUUGCAGAAAAAAAACAAGCCUUUCAUAUAUGGUGCUCUCUGUUUGUAACUUCAAAAAGCAGCACUCUGUGUAGGCUGAGUCUUCAAGCAUGCUGGCAAGGAACUUCUUUGCUUUCCUAAUUGUUGCGCUGAGUUCUUUCAGAUGGCUCAGAUACGCAGAAUCAAAACUACCUCAAGUAGAAGUUGAUGCUCUUCAAGAAAUUCUUAGUACAAUGGGUGCCACCUACUGGAAGUUUGAUGGCGACUCUUGUCAAAUUGAAAUGGUGGGUUUGACACCAGUACCGCCCAGUGGAUCUCAGAGCAGUAUUGGUUGUCAAUGCUUUUCUGAAAAUGGCACUAAUUGUCAUGUUGUGAGCAUUGUGCUCAAAGGGUAUAGCCUUCCUGGUGUGCUUCCACCUCAGCUGGUCAAGCUUCCUUACCUUAAAAAAGUCGAUUUUGCUCUCAAUUACCUAAAUGGUACAAUCCCUAAGGAAUGGACUUCAAUUAAUUUAUCUUCAAUAUCUGUUCUUGUGAAUCGUUUAUCAGGGGAAAUUCCUAAGGAGCUGGGAAAGAUGACCACUCUAACAUACCUGAGCCUUGAAUCAAACCAAUUUUCUGGUCUUAUUCCUCCUGAGCUUGGAAAUCUGAUUAACCUGCAGACUCUGGUUUUGUCAUCCAAUAAAUUUUCAGGACGCUUACCAGUAUCAUUUUCGCAAUUAAAGAAUUUGACAGAUUUUAGGAUAAAUGAUAACAAUUUCAGUGGAACAAUACCUAAUUUCAUCCAGAAUUGGGAACUACUUCAAAGACUAGAAAUGCAUGGAAGUGGACUUGAGGGGCCCAUCCCAUCAAACAUAUCUCUUCUAAGUUGGCGACAUUUUUAUUUGCACAGGAAAAUUAGUGACAUAGGUGGUCCCAGUCAGGAUUUUCCUUCCCUAAGCAAUAUGACAGCACUGAUAAAAUUGGUUUUAAGAAAUUGCAAUAUUACUGGAGAGCUACCUGCCUACGUCUGGACAAUGCAGGACUUAGAAAUGCUGGAUGUCAGUUUUAAUAAGUUAGUUGGGGAAUUUCCAGCAACUGUCAAUUCAAAGCAUCUGAAAUUUGUGUUUUUGACUGGCAACAUGCUAAGUGGAAAUAUACCAGACUCAAUCUUGAAGGCUGGAAGCAACAUUGAUCUUUCUUACAACAAUUUUACCCUAAGUCAUGAGCAAUCUGCUUGUCAAGAUAACCUGAAUUUAAACCUAAAUUUGUUUCAGAGCUCCUCAGGGCCCAACGAUUUAAGGAGAGCUCUGCCGUGCACGAAGAAUUUCAAUUGUCCAAGAUAUUCAACUUGUUUGCAUGUUAAUAGUGGCGGAAAGGAUGUAACUAUGAUGGAAAAUAAAGAACAUUUGCUCUACAUAGGAGAUGGAGAUGUGUUGGGCGGUACAGCAAAAUUUUAUUAUGAUUCCAAUAAUAACUGGGGUUUCAGUAGCACUGGGGACUUCAUGGAUGACAAUGACUUUCUGAAUACACGUUACACUGUGUUUCUGGAAUCCUCAAAUGUACCUAAUAUAUAUGCAACUGCACGUAUCUCCCCAAUUUCACUGACUUAUUUUCACUAUUGCUUGGAAAAUGGAAACUAUACUGUAAAUCUACACUUCGCAGAGAUACAAUUUUCAAAUGAUAAGACAUAUGAUAGUCUUGGGAAGCGGAUAUUUGACAUCUAUGUUCAGGGAAAAUUAGUUUGGAAGGAUUUCAACAUUGAAGAUGAAGCGCAUGUUGCCCAAAAGCCAAUUAAAAUACCAAUAUAUAAUGUUAAUGUAACAGAUAAUGCCUUGGAUAUACGAUUCUAUUGGGCUGGCAAAGGGACUACAAGAAUUCCUAGCAGUGGAGUUUAUGGUCCCCUUAUAUCAGCUUUAUCUGUUGUUUCUGAGUCUAAACGUUGCUCAGAUGGCCUUAAAAGGGGAAAUGCUAAUAUAAUAAUUGGAGUUGCAGUUGGAGUGGGGGCUAUUUGCUUAAUACUUGUAAUAGUUGGACUCUUUUGGUGGAGAAGCCAAUUCAGAGGAAACUCUGGGAGUGAUAAAGGUGCCCAAGGACUAGAUUCCCAUAUAGGAACAUAUAGCCUAAAACAGAUAAGAGAUGCCACUGACGACUUCAGUCCUGAGAACAAGUUAGGAGAAGGAGGUUUUGGUCCUGUCUAUAAGGGGCAGUUAUCUGAUGGUACUUGGGUAGCAGUAAAACAGCUUUCUUCAAAGUCCCGGCAGGGAAACCGUGAAUUUUUAAAUGAGAUAGGCAUGAUAUCUUGUUUGCAACACCCUAAUCUUGUAAAGCUUCAUGGAUGUUGUAUUGAAGGGGAUCAACUAUUGUUGGUUUACGAGUACCUGGAAAAUAAUAACCUUGCCCGUGCUUUAUUUAGCCAUAGAGAUCAGCUUAAACUUGAUUGGCCUACAAGGCUUAAAAUCUGUAUUGGCAUAGCAAAAGGUCUUGCGUUUCUUCAUGAAGAAUCCAUACUCAAGAUUGUUCAUCGAGAUAUCAAGGCCACUAAUGUGUUAUUGGACAGGAAUUUAAAUCCUAAGAUAUCUGACUUUGGAUUGGCUAGGCUCAAUGAAGAGGAGAAGACCCACAUUAGCACCCGAGUGGUUGGGACAAUAGGAUAUAUGGCUCCAGAAUAUGCAUUAUGGGGUUACCUUACAUACAAGGCAGAUGUUUACAGUUUUGGAGUUGUGGUCUUGGAAAUCAUUAGUGGGAAGAGCAACAAUGAUUAUAUGCCAAGUGAUAAUUGUGUUUGCCUUUUGGAUUGGGCAUGCCAUUUGCAUAAAACUGAAAACAUGAUACAACUGGUUGAUGAAAGGUUGGGAUCAGAGGUAAACCAUAAAGAAGUUGAAAUCAUGGUGAAAGUGGCUCUUCUGUGCACUAAUGCAUCACCAUCCCGUAGGCCGACAAUGUCUGAGGUUGUGAACAUGCUUGAAGGAAGAAUAAGCAUUCCUGAUAUUAACCCAGAAGAAAGUGCUAGUGAGGAUUUAAGGUUUAAAGCCUUGAGGGACAUUCAUCAACAUAGAGAAAGUCAGAGUAUGAGCACAAGUCAUACAGAAAAUUCAACUGAUGCCCUUGUAAAUAGCUCUCCCUUGACAUCUGACCAUGAUUUACAUGGGAUCCGCUCAGAACCUUAACUAAAACAUCAAUGAGCGUUUAUGAACUUUGAGGGCCUGAUAAUGAUUCUUUAACAGAUAGCAGACAAGUUCUAGCUCUAUCCUUAUAAUUCUCAAGUUUUGACAGUCUAGUCACAAGACAGGUGAGUAAUUCUUAUUGAAUGAAAUUUCCCUAUGCACUAGGGAGGGUGUAUAUAAGGAAGUCUUUAGUUUUGGGUAGCUCUUUUGCAUUUAUUUAUUAUAUUCUGUAUAGUUGUAAGUGCUGUAUCAAAAUGUAUUUGAUUCAAAUGAAAGUAAUUAAAAAAAAAAAAAACAAUUUGCUUUUAA